CAAACCAAUGCGACAAUGCAAAACCCUUAAAACCCUCACUAUAAAAACAAACAAAGAAGCUACUAAAAUCCUCGCUUGUGUGUAGUGUACCUUGUCUUGUCACGUACGUUCAAGGUUUUGUCUCUACUAGUACUAGGAGAGAUGGAGAUGGAGAGAGUCUGCUCAAACGCUGUCGUUUCUGAGGGCUUUCUUUGCUCUGUCAUGGAGGCUAUGCUGAUUCAGACGGCCAAGUCUCUUGCUUUUUUUCUCUUGAUGAUGGGAAUUUUGCCAAAUGGAAUGGAUUUCUUCCCAGGAGAACCAGACACAGUUGGAGGGUUUCCAAUCUCAGAGCUUCGUGCAGCGAAAGCACCUGUUUCAGAGAACAUAGAUUCCAGUGAAACAGAGGAUGAUGAAGACGAGGAUGACGACGAGGAUGAUGAUGAUGAUGAUGAUGAUGAUGAUGAAGGUGAUGAUGAGGAUACUGAAUCUGAUGAUGAUGGUGAGGAUAAAGGGGAUCCCGAAGAUGAGCCUGGGGCCAAUGGUGAUGGCGGAAGUGAAGAAGAUGACGAUGAUGGUGAUGAUGAAGAUGACGAUGACGACGAUGAUGAUAAUGAUGAUGGUGGAGAAGAAGAUGAUGAGGAGGAUGAGGAAGAAGAGAUACCUCAGCCUCCUGCAAAGAAGAGGAAAUGAAAAUGUGAACUUUGCAUCUUUUUUUCCUUAUCGUUUUUAUUUGCAGGUGGUCUGUCAGCUUAUUCUAGAAAAAUAUGCAGUACUUUUUUAUUCAUAAGGAAAUGUGCAGCAUUUGAUCAA